GGCUAUAAAGGCAAGGAUCGCAGCGUCGGGAUUCAGAACUGAAAUCAUGUGUAGAGGACAUGCAGACACACAUUGUACCUGCCCUGAAUGGGCGAAAGAGCUACGCUUAUCCAUUGGCAACUUAAUUCACAAACUGGAGAUCGGACAUCAUCUUCUCGCUUCAACUGUUUGCAAGAAGAGAGCAAAGAACAGAACACUGAACAACAACUCCAAAAAAGAAGCAAUGAAACUGAAGGAAUCUUUUGGACAACUGCUUAGUAGCAAAGAUGGACUCUUAGCGUUCCAAACCUUCUUGAAAACAGAAUUCAGUGAAGAAAACCUGGAAUUCUGGAUGGCCUGUGAAGAGUACAGGAUGAUAGAGUCCGACAGCAAGCUGAGAGCCAAAGCUCAAAUCAUAUAUCAAGAAUUUCUUCAGAGUGGAGCGCCGCAAGAGGUUAAUAUAGACCAUCAGACAAGGGAGCUCACUCGCCAACAAAUGAAGAUUGCCAGUAGAACAUGCUUCGACGCAGCCCAAGAACAAGCGCGCAUUCUGAUGGAGAAAGAUUCAUACCCUCGUUUUAUUAAAUCCCCUCUUUACAAGGACUUGUCACACCAUUCUUCCUUAAGCAAAUUUAAGCUAUCUUUCACAUGAACAACGAACAGGGCAGAGGAGAAAGUGACAACAUUGAGCAGCUAAGCUCAAUGGAAAAUUCCAGACCAGGUACCAUUGUUAUCGGCCCAUGAUGUGGGCUAGAUCUUAGCCUUGACUGACGACCAGGUCGAUUCUUCAAGUCUGACUAUUCAACAUCAUCAACAUGAACCACGAAACAAGUGGAUUGGAGAUAGGAUACAGGUGGACAGUCAUUUGUGGAUAUCAUUAUGCAGACAGGACACCAACGUGUCUCAUUAGAAGUAGUUUUUCUAUAUGACAAAUGCCAAUAUGCUAACAUGAUUAUGGUAACAGACUUUUAGACUACUCUUCUCAACAGACUUGAGGCACUCAGAUCUCAGCCUCAAAGAGUUGAAAUGCUUUUUAUUUCUAAUUUCUGUGUUUACAUAUUUUUAAUAUGCCAAAACUUGCAGUACAAAAUAAAAAUGGUGGUGUCAGCAGACUACUGUCAUAUUUAAUAACAAGACAAUAGGUCAUGUCUGCAGGAUCCACUAAUCUAAGGGGCCUCUUGGUGCGUACUUAAAGCACUUGCUUUGGCUGCUACUGCAUGUGCGGUGUAAUUAACCUGCCAAACCAUAGGAUGGCAGUAUUGAGUCAGCUCAGCUGAACAUAAACGGUGGUCCCUGAGAAGGACAUGCUACCCAGUUCAGUACACGCUGGUAUUCAAAAGCUGAUAGGUAUGCAAGAUUUCUUGAUGUAUAUGUGAAAAAGUUUCCCUAGUUACUACAGUCACACCCUGGCUAUUGUAUAGGAUUUGACAGAUAAUAUUGCAUUUUUAAAACACGUUACGGAGUCUAUUUCGUCGUAAGCUGUGCUUACAACCAUAUCGACAAUUCUGGUACAGAGAGUAUUGAAUGCAGACGUUAUCCUAUGUGCAUACUGUUUAACAUCCUGAUGUGUAUUUUGAUGGUAACACUUGAGUUAAAAACUGCAGAUAAUGGUUCCAACUGUUGUAUUUCUGGAAAAUACAUGACAGAAAUAAUAAUAUAUGUUAAUUUAAAAUAAAAA